GCGCAUGCGCAGUACAAAUCGUGUUUCCGGUGCGGGUCGAGUAGUGACAAGCGGGAAAGACAAAAAUUCCAGUGAACACUUCAUUUUUUUUUUGGUUCCACCUGUAUUCUGACAAACCCCGCCUCCUGCUAUUUGAUUGGCUGUACCAUCGAGGAACUCCUGCUGAUUAUAACGUGACAACCAAUCGUAACAUGAGAGGCGGAACUUUACUAGCCUAUCGUAACGAAGCGCGGCGGGAUUUGUCGGAAUGCGAGUGCAGAAAACAACAAACUCGUAAAGUUUCUCACAGUCGCUCUCUUAAACAAAAGUGGAAUUUGAGAUUUGUCUGAUUAAAUCAUCGUGGUAGAACACGCGCGAUACUGAGCAGUGAUACAGAUACACAUGGCUGAGUGAGGGAAAAUCUGUGAUCUUGUUCAUUGUACAUAACAGAGUGUACAAUGGUGGCACGAGGGCUAAAGCGUAAACUCCACGAUCACGCCAGAGACCCGGGAUGGGAGAAUCAGCUGCAGUCUGUGCUGAACAUUUCCAUAGACAAGUACCAGCGCGAUCAGGCCCUCGUGGAGCCGAGCUUACGACGCUCUGUCCUCAUUACUAACACACUCCGUCAGGCCAAAACACACAUGGAGGCCGUUUCUGAAAUUGAGAACCCUUUGAAAAAAAUUCAAACACAUCAUUCAGCAACAUGCUUUCGGCAGGAACUUGGCACACCUCCUGGGUUUGAAGAUACGGAUGAUGAUUUCAUGGAGGAUCUGUCUCUGUCCACCACCAUUACCACCAUCUUAAAGAAUCUGGACACAACUCUUGACGGCAGCUCAGGUUCAUCCGCACCUCAGCGAUCACCGUUGGCCUCAGUGGAAAAUCUUACGGGGGACAGGACCUGCAAGAGGAGUCUGAACAAAAGUUUAUCUGAUCACCUGCAGGACAGUGUGCUAGAUGAUUUGUUAUUGGACUUUGAUACUUCUGUAUGUGACAGGGAGAUGACUGAUCAUAACUUUGACAUUUCUGCCAACGAGUUUCUGAAAUAUUUACCCUGUGUGCCCUGCUUAGGGACUGAAAUGGGGUUUUUACACUCCAUGUAGUGCACUGCAGGUGCAGUAAAGAUUCAGGAUUCAACUGACUGUAUAUUUAUACCACACAGGUUUGAAAUAGUGGCUCUAUGAGUACACGAUUUGUAAAAUCAUAAUUUACAAAUUAGAAAAAAAUAAUACCUUCCACAUCAUAUGUAGGUAAGGAGCGAAUUGCCAUUCAGCUCUCUUCUUCCUAAAUUUCUACCACAUUAGGUAUGAAUACUUAAAACGUCCUGUUUCGUGCAUUGUGCUCAAUAGGAAGGCAAUGCUACCUAUAGUAGUCUAAUACACAAUAUUUUACACUUGAUGUAAAUAAUGCCCUCAUUGUUUAUUACAUGUGGAAAGAGACAUGGCUCAUUCACUGUAUUUAGUGUGCCAUUUGUCAAAUAGGAAACUAUUUGCAAUUCACAUGUGCAAUUUAUAUAAAAGUAUACUACAUAGGGUGAGUAAUAGCUAGUACAAGCUUUGAUGCACCCCCAAUUUAUAUUUGUGUCAAACAGAGAGCCACAUCUUUGUGUGCGCUACAUAGGGAAUGAAGUAAGACAACUACGUUCAAUAUAUAGUAUAUUUAAUGUUUAAAAUGUAAUUAAUUUAAACAAAUAAAUUGUUCUUUGUAUAGUUGAGGGUUCUACGGAGAACCUUUUCCCAGAAGAGACCUCCAAACGAACAGCCAAAGAACCAUUUAUGUUUCUAUAUUUUAAUUAUCUUUCAGUUUUUAUUUUUCCCUGGAAUGUACAGGGAGCCAGUGUUUCCACCUAUAUGUAUUUAACUUCCAGUUCUUCGUCUCUGAGAUGAUGAUCCUAUGAUUAAAUACUAGCCUCUAUCUAUUUUUAGGACUUUAGAAAUACAAUAAUAUAAGCAUUAUCUAAUAUAAAAAGUAGUACUGAUCAUGGAAAUAAAUUGCAUUAUAAAGACUGAAAUUGGAGCUUGCUCUUUGCAUGUCUGCAUGGGUUUGCUCAUUCAUCCAGGUAGGUUGGCCAUGUUCAGUUGUCGCUAGGUGUGGAUGAGUGUGUGCAUGGUGCCUUGUACUGCCCUGGCAUCUAAUCUAUGGUUUACCCAUAACUAUACAACCUCAUGCCUAGUGUACUGAGGAUCAUUCAUGAACCUGACAAAAUGGUUAAUGAAAACUGUGUGAGGUUGACAUUUGGGGGAAAAAAAAAAUCCUGUUCCACUCCCAGGGUUGUACACUAGCUGUAUUGUGUAUAUAGUAGCUCCAUGUUCAACAUGGCUAGCUGGACAGGUUCGUACAGGUCUUUACUUUAUAUACAAGUAAACUCAUAAAGAAGAAUAGUACCUUGUACACUUGAUCUAGUGUACUGUAUCAUGACUGAGUUGGGUGCCUUGUAAUGUCACAGGGGGGCGUGCUGGAGCAGCAUCUAGCUUAAACCCCGAGCUUGUGUUACUGUAUGUGCAGUUUUGCAUGUUUGCCUGUGAGGGUUUCCUGCAGGUUCGGUAUUUUCCUCCUACCUCUCAAAAACAUGGAUCAGGAUCAGAGUAAAGAUUGACGAAUGAACGCAAUGCCACAAUCAUGUUAAAGGUGCCUCUCACUAAUAACAGCCCAGUUCCUAGUGAAUGAACAUUAAACAUGUCUAAUGAAAGCCAUACAAUGCUGAUUAGACGAUUACAACUUUCAGAGCUGUUGAAAAAUAUAAUGCUUGUAAAUACCCUGUGUGACUUUUUACUCAUUCUGAUUUUAAAGUCAAAUGAAACGUACCUAGUAUUUCAAACCCAGACAUGUUUUAUGUUAGAAGUUUGCUUCUAUAGUUUUGCAAUGAAGUUGUGAGAUUAAUGAAGCUAAUGGAACAAUAUAGUCUCUUGUUUAGCAUUGUGCAAACCGCGUGCCUGAAAUGUGUUUAUUUGUUAAGUAUUUUUCUUAGUAUUUAUAAUAACUUGGCUUCGUCAUCUAGCAUUAUUGUAUUGAAUUUCUGAAAUUAUUUGGUUAGUGUUUCUACAAAUCCAUAUGGACAAGAAUCAGAACUGUUACAAGAUAAUUGUUGGGUUAAUGCAUUGAUUGUUAAUUACUGUAAGGGAAAAUUCACCCUGAAUGACUUGCAUAUUUAUAAUCUGAAAGUGAUCUUCAGUGGUGCAAAAUAUGUAUUUUAUGAUUAAAUUCUGAGUUUCA